GCAACUAAGUUUCUAUUUCCCCAGCUUGUCACCCUGAUCUGUGGUGCAGGCAGGAUGCCAUCACCGACCUCGAAGAAGCUGGAGGGGAAGUUAGUGUGCUCCAUCUGCCUGGAGCUUUUCAGGGUGCCUGUGACCUUGCCUUGUGGGCACAACUUCUGCAAGCUCUGCAUCAGCAACCACUGGAAAAAGCAAGAACAGGAGCCUGCCUGGGCAGAGAGCGGCUACGCGUGCCCUGAGUGCCGCAGGGGCUUCAACCAGCGGCCAGAGCUGGAAAAGAAUGUCACCCUGUGCAGCGUGGUGGAGCUGGCACGGGAUGGCGUGGCGUGGGUCUGACACAGGUGUGAGAUGGCCCACGGUGAGCUGUGCCCACAGCAUAGGCACCUGCUGGAGCUGUAUUGCAAGGAUGAGCAGCGGUGUAUCUGCUGUGUCUGCACGGUGUGACAAUGCCAGCGGCACCAACGGGUGCUCUUUGAGGAGGAACACUCAAAACAGCAGGCUCUUUUGAAAGAGUCCAUGGAAGAAGCCCAGAAGGAAUCAGAGAAGAUCAAGCAGGUGAUGCAGAAGCUGGAGGAGCAAACACUCAGCAUCAAGGACUCUUCCGAGGGGCUCAAAUUGGUCAUUCUGAGCAAAUUUGCCCUCCUGAAGAAAGCCCUGGAGGAUUGCCAGUGGCAGACAGUGGCCAAGAUCGAGAAAGAGCAGGCUGUGGCACUGGGACGUAUGGGGGAGGACUGGAACCGCCUGAAGGACCGCCUGGACAUUCUUAGCCAGCGCAGGGAGAGGGUUCAGCAACUCCUGGGCUGCCCUGACAACAGGACCUUCCUCCAGGAGUUCCCCCUGCUACCAUCUCUGGAGAGCCCAGAGGUGCUGCUCCCAAUGGACUUUGAUGUGGUUGGCAUGGUCAAGCCCAUCACCGAGAUCCUCAACAACAUCUCCAGGCUUCUGCUGGAGGACCUGCCCAGCUCUGUGGCCCCCAAAGCCCCUGACCCUAUUGUCCAAGGCCCAGUGCAUCCCCAGGAGAUGGUGGUGAAGGUGGCAACCCACCUCCCUGAUUGCCAGUUCCGAGCUGAGCUUCUGAAGGGUGAGGAGAACAUGGGACUCCUAAGGGACAGCACUCCCCUGGGAUCCCAGCAGGCGAGGGAGGUUGGUUGUGGCUGCUGGGACAGGGGCUCCUUCCCUUGUUCUUCCAGUCACCACCGCAACCUGACCUUUGAUCCCAGGACGGCCAACAAGUGCCUGGAGCUGUCAAAAGGCAACUGGAAAGCCAAGCACAGCCCCAUCACCAUCUGUAGGUGGCAUGAGCAGGAACCCCGCUUCGAGCCCUGGCAGGUGCUGUGCAAGCAGGGCUACAGCCAUGGCCACCACUACUGGGAGGUGAAGAUCUCCAGCCACUCCGUUGUCCUGGGGAUGACCUAUCGCAGCCUCCCCCAGGAGCGGAAGCAGGGACACAAUUUCAACACUGGUCUGGACAGGGGCUCAUGGGGGCUGCAGGUGCUGGAGGAUUGCUACCUGGCCUGGCACAAGGGCCGGCCGCAGAAAAUCCAGGAACGGCUGUGUAGGAACCUGGGGGUCAGCCUGGAUUAUGACAAGGGGCUCCUCUCCUUUUACAGGCUUGGGGAGGGGACAUGGCUUAUCCACUCCUUCCAUGAUGUCUUCACCGAGCCCCUCUAUCCCGUUUUUUGGCUGUCCGACACCCGGCAACUGCGGAGAGCGGAGUGGCGGCAGCGGCUGUUGCGGGCGCGGGUAGGCGGAGCGGGCGGGCGGGCGGGCGGGGCGCGGCGGCCACCCGCCUCCCGCCGGGACCGGGGGCUGGGGCGGGCGGCGGGGCUGGCUGGUGUUGGGUACUCAGAGAUGGAGACUGCUCCCGGGGGCGCCUCGCCGUUCUCCGCUGUGGCGCUGCGGCUGGCGCUGGGGGCUCCGGGUCUGCCCGACGGCCCGUUCGGCUGCCCCAUCUGCCUCGAUCUUCUGAAGGACCCGGUGACUGUGCCGUGCGGGCACAACUUCUGCCAGCGCUGUCUGGGGGCGCUCCGCCAGCGGGCGGGCCCCCCCGACGGCAGCGGCGGGGCGGGCGGGGCUGUCCGCUGCCCGCUCUGCCAGGAGCCCGUCCCCGCAGCCUUGCGGCUCCGCAAGAACCGCGCCCUCUGUGAGGUACUGCCGCUGCUGGCGGCCGCUGCAGGCGGCUCGUCCCCGCCGCCGCCAGCCGCCGGGUCCUCGAUGGCACCGGGAGCCGAGGAGGAGGAUGCGGCGGCGGAGGAAGGAGCGGCGGUGCUGUGUGACGUGUGCCCGGCGGGGUCGCGGGCUGCGGCGGCGCGCUCCUGCCUGGUCUGCCUGGCCUCCUUCUGCGAGGCCCACCUCGAGCCCCACCGGCGCGCCGGCGCCUUCCGCGCACAUCGCCUGGUGGCCCCGCUGCGGCGGCUGGAGGAGGGGCUCUGUCCUCGCCACCUCCAGCCCCUCGACGGCUUCUGCCGCGCCGAGCAGGCCUGCGUGUGUGCUCGCUGCCGCGCCCACGAUCACCGCGGCCACGAAGUGGUGCCCCUCGAGCGGGAGCGCGAGCACAAGGAGGCCCAACAAGCCAAAUUCCUCAGUGAUGCUGAGAAUGAGCUGGAGGAGCUGGCAGUCACCAUUGCACAGGCCAAGAAGAUGGUGGAGCUCAUUAAGGGUGCUGCCAUGAAGGAGAGGGAAAAGGUUGAGAAGCUCUUUGCAGAAGCCUCUGAGGUCCUGGCAACCUUCCAGAAGGAGGUGGCCAGUUUCAUCGAGGAAGGGGAGCGCUCCAUGCUGGGGGAGGCUGAGGCUGAUCUCCGCUGGAAGGAGGAGAGACGAGCCAAGCUGGUCCAGUGCAAGCAAAACCUGGAGAAUGUCCCCAGAACUGACACCAUCUACUUCCUCCAGGAAUUUCAGGCCUUAAAAGUUGCGAUGGAAGAAAACCUCUCACCAGCUCUGAGCUUCCCAAACGAGCUGAACUUCACCAAAUGCACCCAAGCUGUGAGUGUGGUGAAGGAUGUGCUGUCCGCUGCCUGCAAAAAACAGUGGGACCACUUGCAGGGGAAAGGGAUUGAUGAGCAGAGUUACCAGGAGAUAGAGGAAGUGUUGGCUGUCUCCAGAUUACCAGAGAAGUUAAACAGUCCCGCCUGCCAGGAGAGCCGUGAUUACUUCCUGAAAUUUGCCUUCAUCAUUGACCUCGACAGUGACACAGCUGACAAGUUUAUCCAUCUGUUUGGCACCAAAGGGGCUAAGCGGGUGCUGUGCCCCAUCCCUUACCCAGAAAGCCCCACCCGGUUCAUCAAUUGUGAGCAGGUGCUGGGUUUGAAUCUCAUGAAUCGGGGCAACUACUACUGGGAGGUGGAGCUCAUCGACGGCUGGGUCAGCAUUGGUGUCAUUGCUGAGGACUUUGACCCCCGCGAGUCCUACACCCGUGGCCGCCUGGGGCGAAAUGAGAAGUCUUGCUGCCUACAGUGGAAUGGACAGAACUAUGUGGUCUGGUUUGGGGGCUUUGAGUCUGUCAUUCAGCAGCCAUUUUUCCAGACAAUUGGGGUCUUCCUGGAGUAUUCAGAGAAGGCCCUGACCUUCUAUGGAGUCAAGGACUCCAAGAUGACCUGCCUGCAGCAGCUCAAGGUCUCCCCUUUUGCCAAGGGUAUAUUUGACCCAUUCCAGAACAAGAUCAACCACCAAUUUGCCUCUCUUUUCUUGUGCAAGCUGAAGCCAGCCUUCUUCCUGGAGAGUGUCGAUGCCCACCUGCAGAUCGGGCCACUGAAGAAAGACUGUGUUUCAGUGCUAAAGCGUAGGUAACUGCUCAGAGAGUGGGAGCAUGGGAGGACUCAGAAAAGUCUCUCUUGCAUUGUAUUGCCGCCAUCACAGCUUCUCUUUGGUAGUGUUGUAUAUCUCUGUCACAGCCAUCCUUGUUCUGUGCUGCCUGCGUCCCAGGGUGCAUGAAGCUAUCUGAUGGGCAGAGCCAUGGGCUGGGAGCCAGGAGGGAACUGGAUCCAAGUGCCAGCUCUGCUCCUGGGCUGCUGAGCAAACUUGGAAUAGUCUCUGCUACUCCCUGCCCCUCAGUUUCCCUUUCAGGGACUGCGAUACAGCCUUUCUUGGUAAAGUGCAUUGCUUAGGGGAAGUGCCACAUCGAUUUGAAGCUGUUUGUUGUCCAGCUGCCAGGCUGUCCAGUCCCUCUCCUUGAUAUCUGCUAACACUGCUCUGAUGACUUGUAUAGAUGCUCCGUACUGUGCCUUACUUUGGUCACUAUGUUGCUGCUGGUUUUUUGAAGGACUGGCUCAUCAACACCUUCCACAUGUUCCUUAUAAAGUGCCUUUGAAAUAGCAAGCCCUGCAUGGACUGGGUGAGCCCCCAAAGCAGAUGCAGUCACUCCCCUGGUGCCUGCAUCACUGUUGUGCCUUGGUGUGGGUGAGCAGGGUGCUCCAGGGCGGGUGGGAUGCAGAAGAGGAUGGCUGGGAGUAUGCUGCAGUAAUGCAGUACCUCUCCUUGUAGGGCUGUCCACCUGUUAGUGCUGCAGACAUGAAACGAGGAUCUUUGCCUUCCCUCACACCACAGCCAGGAGGUACUUUGGUCUGUGGCCAGCCUCAUUUGGGAAAAGCUGUGGGCCUGCGUGUAUUGGAGCCCCAUGGCUGUGGGGCUGUUCCCCACAGCAGCCAAAAAUCCCAGCUGGGAAUUGGGAGAAACAUUUUGCCAAGAAGCAGCAACGCUGUUCCUUGCCUUGAGAUGGUGAAAUGAGCAGCUUGGAACAAUUUUGAGGAUGCGCUUUUAGUAAACACGUUCCUCGGGAACUGCUUACCAAAGCUUUACAGCCUAAUUUUCCCCCAACAUUUUUGAUGGCACUACUAUUUUAAGGGAUUUUAAUACUGUUUAACCCCCAACUCUUAAAGUACCCUGGGCAUUUUUUUACAGCUGCAUUUACUUGAGCUGUAAAUGCACCCCUUAGCUUAGGGAGUUUUUUAAGUUGCAAAAGAGGUGCUGUAUGGCCUGUUCUAGGAACAGCUGUGAGCACAUGGAUUAAAAGCACAGUAUCAAUCAGUUAUUAAAUGAUACUUAAGACUCUGGUAAUAAGUAACAAUUAACAAAAACUACUCUCAAGCAAGUUUCCUCUCUGGGAAGGGUGGAAACUGGAGGCUGAGAGCCAAAAACCCCAGUUCACAUGUCCUGAGGUAGCUUUUCCAGAAGGAAAAUACAGAAAUACUGCCUGUGAGGGCAGCACACUGCAGCCCCUGUCUCAGCACAGUGUGCUCUUCCACAAGCUUAUCUUUUCUAGGAUUAGUUUGCUACCUGCCUCCUUGCUUUACAGAAUCAUACUGCUGUUUAAUAGGCACCUAGAGAGAAAAUAUAUUGGGUCAGGUUCUUUGCUGGUAUGAGUGGGUUGGUGAUGACACAUCAACGGUCAAAAGGGAUAAAAAAUGGCCCAUUUAGCUUAAUAUAUGAAAUAUAUAUAUUCUGUAAAAGAUAAGCUGGAAAUCGUAGUAUUCAAGACGAGCCAAGGGAAAAAAGUGAACAUGAAUAAAAAGGCAACCACAAAGCUGAGAGGUUUAAAAUUAAAGCCAUGUUUAGAUAAACACUAAGGCUUAAAGAGCUGCUUAAUUGUAACUUGUUUGCCAGUGCUGCCAAUUCCUGUUGGCACGGGAAGAGGUGCUGGUUCCCUGCAUAUGGCCGCUGCUGUGGGUUCUUAUUCUGGGGACUGAAGGGUCUAAAUGCAGCUGCCCCUCACUUGGGGCAGGGCAGGUGAGUUGGUCUGGGAGGGGCACCGCUGGGAUAUGUCUGCAAAUCCCUUCUCUUUGUCCUCUGCAUGUGGUGUCUCCUAAAAUGCUGCAGAUGGUGAGAAAAGGAGAGGAAGGGCUUCCAGAGUGUAAUCUUGGCCUUUCUUGGUCAGUGGGAAUGCUGCCCAGGCUUCUGUCCUGAUGGGAAUUCACUCUGUGUCCUGAGCUCCUACCUCAAAACCGCUUUGUUUGCCUCAUGCCAGGCACUCUCCUGCAAAUCUCAGCCUUUGCAUGAGAUGUCAGCAGUGACACUGUGCAGGUGGCACUGCUGUUAUUGGUAAUACUGGAGAGGACUUGGUAUCAGAAAUGCCUUACCAGAUAAGAAGGGUGAAGACAUGCAACUCCCAAGAGGAAGAGGAAGGUAAUCUUGGUCUCUGCUGCAUGUCUGCAGGAAGAGAUUUCGCAUGGAGGCUCACAUCUAGGCCCUAAAUCUCCUUUAUUUAGGCAAAACUCCCACCGUUUGCAGCGAGGAGUUUUGCCAGAGUAAAUACAGCAGGUCUGGGCCUUUGCCCUGUUUCAUUUUGCUGUAGGCAGAUUGAUAGCUCUGUGGGGAAAUCCAUGCAUAAGUCACACAUACCUCCCUUCUCUGUGUUGCCCAAUGCAUAGACACAAGUCUCUGAACUCCUUCAGGGUUUGGAACGGUUUGGAGGGAUCCCUUUCCAUCCUGUAACCACAUGGGAGCAGGUCAGGAGGACAUGUUUGGUGUUUGGGCUUUGCUUCUGAUUGUGCUGCUGCUUUUACUUAAUUCACCUCUGCCCCAAGAGCUGGGAUGCUGAUAUGCAGCUUUGUGGGGGGUUUCUGAGUGCUCCUGUAGAUAGAUUGCAGUUGGGAAGUGCUACCCAACUGUCUCCUUCCUGCUGCUUGCUUUUACCCUCGUUGGAAGCACUGUAAAUCCUCGUGGUUUAACACAUAAAGCAAAUCCUGACUGAUGUAAGACGGGAGCAAACCCCCAGGGUGUUGGACCAGAGUUUGCUGUGUUGCCUAUAAUAUGGGGUGUAAACUGGAAUGAUUAGGAAAUGUACGCUACCCAGCUCUGGGUCCAUGAUUUUGCUGCAAACAAAGGGCUAAAUGUGGUGUAUGAUGACUUUAGAUGAUUAGAUAACACUUGGCAAUUGAAACAGUCUUUCCAUGUUCCCUUGAGUUAUUUCUGCUGUUACAGAGUGUUCCUCUUUUAAUUAGGAUUUUUCAAAUACUGUAUUUUACAGUGUGUGAAAGAACUGUAAGAGAAUAAUGUAAUGAUGUUAGAGACUAUGAUUUGCCAUUAAAUAUUGUACAGACA